CUGGCUUCUAAUAUGGUAUCUGCGUGAAGCCUUAAACCAAACCCACUAAGAAAUCAGAAAUGGCUUUGAGACCAGUAGUACCAACCCCGUCGGAAACCGGCAGCGAAUGGGGGAAUGUGUCGGCUGUGCUAUUUGACAUGGAUGGGGUGCUGUGUAACAGUGAGGAUCUCUCCAGGUUAGCAGCUGUCGAUGUUUUCGCCGAGAUGGGAGUUCAAGUCACGGCUCAAGACUUCGUACCCUUUAUGGGCACAGGUGAAGCUAAUUUUUUGGGAGGUGUUGCUUCUGUAAAGGGUGUGAAGGGCUUUAAUCCGGAGUCUGCAAAGAAGAGAUUCUUUGAGUUAUACCUGGAUAAGUAUGCAAAGCCAAAUUCUGGCAUUGGCUUCCCUGGUGCCUAUGAACUUAUAGUGCAGUGCAAAAACCAUGGCCUUAAAGUUGCCGUUGCAUCUAGUGCUGACCGUAUCAAAGUUGAUGCCAAUUUAGCAGCUGCUGGUUUGAAAGUAUCAAUGUUUGAUGCUGUUGUAUCAGCGGAUGCAUUUGAAAAUUUGAAACCUGCCCCUGAUAUUUUCUUAGCUGCAUCAAAAAUAUUGGGUGUGCCAACAAAUGAGUGCCUUGUGAUUGAAGAUGCAUUAGCUGGAGUUCAAGCUGCAAAAUCUGCUUGCAUGAGAUGCAUAGCUGUAACAACAACAUUAGGUGAAGAUACUUUAAGGGCUGCUGGUCCAUCACUUAUCAGGAAGGAGAUAGGAGAUAUUUGCUUUAAUGAUAUUCUUAAUGGUGGCUCUGAUUGAGACUCCUCUUGUAUAACAUCUGAAACAGAUAUACUUGGAAGAUUUUAUCCAUUUUGAUGAAUAAAAUUUUAGUUUUCACUUA